AAUAAGUCCUUAAUUAUGGAUUAUUCAGUAUCUUUAUUCUCGUUUAUAAUUGAAAUAAUACAACCCUCGGGCAUAUUCGUUAUAGGUACUUCUAGCAAACGCGUCAGCUAUAACAACCUGGUGUCGAUAUUCAACAUGAAAUUCAUCGUGUUUGCGGCGGUAUUCGGUUCAGCCCUUGUAUUUGCGGCAGCUUCUCCGGCUGCGGAUACAUUUGAACAGCAAGUACAAAAAAAGCAAGAAGCUGCUGCUAAGCAAUGUAAUGCUACUUAUCCAGUUACGGAAGAUUCACUCAAUAAAUUACGAACUCACGUCGCCACUGGAGAAACCGUCACAACUACACUGCACUAUAAAUGGUGUAAUCUGCUGUGCAUCCUUGAACAAAUUGGAUUCUACGAUGCUCAAGGUAGAGUGCAAGUUGGAAAGAUUUACAAUUACACGUUGAAAGCGUUUCCUGAAAUUGAACCAAACAAGCACUCGUUUUUGAUUUACUUAUUCCAAAUCGCUCGAUCGACCCACCAUGUGGAAGAUAAAUGCCAGAAGGCUUAUAUAGUAUACUAUCGAUUUGUCGAAGCCGUUUUGAUACAUACCUUGGCUGUUGAUUUGGAAACUUUUGACGCCGCUACCAAGGAAAAAAUUGCCCAAAGUGUGCUGACUGGAGACGUAUUACCGAGUGAAUUACAAGGUACCAUCGCAAAAUGGUUGAAAACUAACGAUUCAGUCAUCAAACAAGUAGCUGAAUAACAAAAUACUGGUGUCGUCUCUGCCCCUGCUCCUGCUCCUGUUCUCUCACCAGCUAACUCGAUAAUGUCUUUAAAAUUCAUAUACAUAUGUACCUAAACCUAUUAUAUGUAUACCUAUAAUACUCAUCGAUAAGAAAAAUAUGUUCAUAUCAUAUCAUAGAUAAUUAUCGCAAAAUAUGCCUUAUUUUAUACAUUGCAUUUUUUUAAAAAAAAUUAAGUAAGUACGAGUAAUAAAAUCCGGUCAUUUUUUUAGAAAA